GCUUAAAAGCACCUUGGGUGGAUGGAGCUGCUCAGAGCGCCCUCUCUUUGCAGCCUAGACCUUCCAACAUGAGCCAGUCCCGUCCAAUCCUCGCUCGGUCCGCCUUGCGCUGCGCCUUCUUGCUUCUCCUGCUGGGAAUCACUUGCCAGAUUCAAGCGGCCCCCAUGACCGGGGAGUUGCGCUGCCGGUGCAUUCAGAAGGUUUCCGAGGUGAUUGCGCCCAAGCACUUUGCCAACAUAGAGCUCACUCCUGAAGGUCCACAUUGCCCCGUCUCUGAAGUCAUAGCCACCUUGAAGUCUGGGAAAGAAGUCUGCCUGGAUCCCACCUCCCGAUGGGUCAAGAUGAUUAUCAGCAAGAUUCUCAAACAGGUGAACACCAAGCUCUGAAGGAAGCACUGAAAAUGGAGUUGGCGCUAUCAUUAGAGAUCGCUGUGUGCGAGAGAGAAAAAGGAUGAAGUACUUGCGAAGCCUGUGUUGGAAAAGCUGGAACCGAUGUUCUGCUUCUGAUGAUUGUAAAAAAUCAAACUGUUCAAUUGCAGCACUGCUAUUUUCUACUUGUAUUUAUUACUAAACCGCAUUUUUAAAACGUAUUUAUUUCUACCUUUUAUAAUACCCAUCUGAUCAAAUCAGAGUGCUAGAUGCCCCUGUUACGCAUGUUGUGAAACUACUAACUUCAAGAGGCUUUGUUGACUGUGUUGUUUGGGGUAUUCUGGAAGAGUAAUCCAAAAGAAAUAUUUUCAUAACUCUAUAUAUUUUACUUGUUGUAAACCUACUGUGACCCACAUUAAGUAUAAAGAAGGAUGAAAAUAUAAAUGUGCUUAAUGUAUCAAUGAGAGUCAGUGUGAUGUAGUAAUUUGAAGUGAUGAAUACCAGGUUUCAGAUCACCACUCAUCCAUGGAAACCCACUGGGUGACUUUGGUCAAAUCACACUCUCUCAGGUCCUAUCUACACUGUCCACUUAAUGCAAUUUCAAACCGGUAUUGAAGAAAGUGGUUUCGUUGUACAGAUUAUGUAGGAAAUCUUAGACCCAGUUUGAGGCCUGGAUGUGAUUACACAAACCACAGAGCACCAAUGCGCGUUAAGGGCUUUAUUUUGUGUACUUUAGUGGGAAUUUGUUGUUUGGCCACACAGCAUUAAAUGGUCAGUAAAGAUGGGAUCUCGGAUCCCCCUCUGAACAAAUGUUGCCAAGAAAACCCACAAUAGGUUUUCAUUAGGAUCCUCUUACAUCAAGAAACGUUGAUGCUGAAUAUAACUAUCUGGCAGAAAGUUCUUCUGUUGUGGAUCUUAUCUACUUCAUUGGGAGUUGUGCCCAAGAAACUCUUUAAGAUACAAGACUAUUAAAUGAGUCAACAGUUACUGCCAGGCCAGAAAUAUAAUUUAGUCCUGGGAUGAGCAGCUAUGUCAGAAGUGAAUAUAGAUCUCAGCGAGCUGCACAUGUCCAUUUUUUGAAAUUGAAGGUGACCAGAAUGCAAUUUCUAUUCUUUAAUAAUUUUAAUAUCUGUACCCCAAGAAACUCCCCAAUGGCGCAGCGUGUUAAAGCGCUGAGCUGCUGAACUUGCUGACCGAGAGGUCGGCGGUUUGAAUCCGGAGAGUGGGGUGAGCUCCCUUUGUUAGCCCCAGCUUCUGCCAACCUAACAGUUCAAAAACAUGCAAAUGUGAGUAGAUCAAUAGGUACCACUCCAGUGGGAAGGAAACGGCGCUCCAUGCAGUCAUGCCGGCCACAUGACCUUGGGGUGUCUGUGGACAACGCCUGCUCUUUGGCUUAGAAAUGGAGAUAAGCACCAACCCCCAGAGUCAGACACGACUAGGCUUAAUGUCAGGAAAAUUUUUCUCUUUACCCCCAAGAAGCUAUGAAAUGCCCAGCCAUGGCCUUCAUAGGGUUUUUGGUGUCGUGAUUAGAUUGCAUUUUGUGAAUUUUUUUCCAGUUUGUAGGAUUUAAGUGGACCACACUGCAUGGCCUAAUAUAUUGUGUACAUAACCCUUGAGCUGCACUUUGUUCACUUCCGAGAUAUGUCUGGACUACAGUAGAAAAAAAGACUGCCCUAAUUCCUUAGCAAGUCAUAAGGCUAUAAGCCUUGGGUUUUUUUCCCCUUCAGAAAGAUAGCUGCAAUAUAAAAACAGAAGGAAACAUUUAGAAAGGAAUCUUGUAGCAUUUUUAAGACAAACCCGUUUAUUUCAGCACAUGCUUUUGUGGCUUUCAGACUCUUUUAUAUGAUUCCUGUAUUUGGAGAAGUGGGCUGGAGUCCAUGAAACUUUAUGCUGGAAUAAACGGAUGAGCCUUAAUGAUGCCACCAGACUCCUUUCUAAAUCCCUUCUUUUGAAAACUAUUCUUUGUACUCCCAGAUUGCCUGGAUUAAAAUAUCCAGUGUCUGGACUAAGUGAUGCUCAGAUUUCCCAACCACUUUAGAAGGGAAGGAAUUGAAUGUAUAAUUCUUAAAAGUCUGUGUUUCAUAACUAAUGCACCGUAUUUGGGAAGGGUUUGUGCAAACCUCACGGAAUGAAUGUAUUUUAAUUUGUUUUCUGUGAUAAUUCUACCAUUUACUGAUGUCAUUGUUGAAAACUUGGCUGUGAGAUUAGAGAAUGGAUCUUUACUUUGCUUGAUGGCUGUAUGAAACUAUUUUAAAAACUAUUUAUGUUGAUACCUUAAUAACAGCAGUGUUUUGAACUGACUGUAAUAUUGUAAUGUAUUGAUUGUAUGGCAUAGCACCAUGGGUUUUUUUUAAGAAUAAAUACUUUUUCUGACACAGA